AUGCCACCACGAAGAGCCUAUACAGCACCUAUUCCUAAUAGGUUUGCUCAUACCGCUUAUGAUAGAGGCUCGAUUACGAGCAGUGAAGAAGCAUUCUCGUCAUCAAAUACUAUAAGCAAUAAUAUGCGAUUAGAAAUUACGAAACAUAAAAUUUCUAUGAGGUAUCAAGCUGAGAAAGAAGACAAAGAUAGAGAUUAUAUGAAAGAAAAGGAUGAUAAAGACCGAGAGUAUUGGAGGGAAAAAGAUGAUAAAUUCCAGGAAUUUUUGAAAGAAGACAGGGACCUUUGGAAAGAAAAAGAAAAUAAAGACAGGGAGUUUUGGAAAGAAAAAGAAAUUAAUAUUAAUAAUCGAUGGAACACAUUUUUAGCAUGGUUAAAAGAGAUUAUUAUCAUUAUAUCACCUACGAUAAAUCUUUUUUUCUAUAGAGCUUUAUUAUUUGUUUAUGCUUGUUGUCUUAUGAUUUGUUUUUUCACACAUAAGAAUGUUGAUAUGACAAAAUUUAAUGAGGUUUUACCUUACG